UAUUUUGCUCUAAUUUCAGUCUCAGGGAUCUUCGCUGUGACCUUCUCAGUGAUCUUCGCCUACGUUGCGGACAUCACAGAGGAGCACGAGCGGAGCACAGCCUACGGCCUGGUCUCUGCGACCUUCGCAGCCAGUUUAGUGACGAGCCCCGCUAUCGGCGCCUACCUGUCGGCCCAGUACGGGGACAGCCUGGUGGUCCUUGUUGCCACAGUGAUUGCUGUGGCGGACAUCGCCUUUGUGUUCUUCAUCGUCCCCGAGUCGCUGCCGGACAAGAUGAGGCUGACGUCCUGGGGCUUCCCCAUCUCCUGGGAGCAGGCCGACCCCUUCGCAUCUCUGCGUCGUGUAGGUAAAGACUCAACAGUGCUGCUGAUCUGUGUCACAGUGUUUCUGUCUUACCUGCCUGAGGCUGGACAGUACUCCAGCUUCUUCCUGUACCUGAGACAGGUGAUUGAGUUUUCUCCGGCAACCAUCGCUGCCUUCAUCGCCAUGGUGGGAAUCCUCUCCAUCGUCGCUCAGACUCUCCUCCUCAGUGUUCUCAUGAGAACCGUUGGAAACAAGAGGACGGUUCUCCUCGGCCUGGGCUUCCAGCUCUUCCAGCUCGCCUGGUACGGCUUCGGCUCUGAGCCGUGGAUGAUGUGGGCAGCCGGAACAGUAGCAGCCAUGUCGUCCAUCACCUUCCCAGCAGUCUCUGCUCUGGUGUCACACAGUGCGUCACCUGACCAACAAGGUGUGGCUCAGGGGAUGAUCACUGGUAUCAGAGGUUUGUGUAACGGUCUGGGUCCGGCUCUGUACGGCUUCAUCUUCUUCCUGUUCAAUGUGGAGCUGAACGACAUGGAGCCGGUGCCAGGAAGACCCACAAAGAACAUAGAGAAGUCCGUCAUCCCUGGCCCCCCCUUCCUGUUCGGAGCGUGUGCCGUCUUAUUCGCCCUCCUCGUCGCUCUCUUCAUUCCUGAGCACCAGCGACUGGACGACGUCAAAACCUGCUCCAACCGCAAGUCCAGCGGUGCCGCAGCCGCACACGCUCAGAGCGGCAGCCCGCUGGCCACGCCCACCAGUGACACAGAGGACAUUGAGCCACUCCUGCAGGACAGCAGUUUGUGAUUGACAGCUGGCCCGGUCGAUCACAACGCUGAGGCCUGAGCUCCACUCUGCAGGUCCGGCCCAUUUCAAGAUGAAGAGCUUUUAUUUUUUAUUUCCUCCGAUUCAGACUGUUCAGAUAAAAGUCAGGAAACAUCAGACGGCAAACACACGGUCGAGCUCAUUUCAUGGAACAGAUGACGACACGUUGUCGUCAUGGAGCUCGUGUUCACGUUCGUCAUCAAUCAGCAUGACAUUUAUUAACAUCAACUCUUUCCUGAUUAAUCGUUUCAACCAAAACUCAAAGAUUCUCUGGUCCCAGAUGAGAUGAUUUCCUGAAACCAGAUGUUUGUGACAUGUAUUUACAAAAACCGUUAAAGACCAACACGUUCAGUCACACACGUCAUAAUGUUUUUAAUCCAGCGGCUCUUCAUUACUUUUCUGUCUCAACCAUGAAAUCUGCUCGGACGCACAAACCAACAUGAACCAAGUUACAAGUUGAAUUUGACUGAAUUAUUAUUUUUAUUAUUAUUUUCUGAGUUUUUUUCGAUCAUAUCUUUUUCAUGAAUCUUUUUUCUAGUGAAACUUUAUUGUUACGACAUCAGAUUAAAAACUAAAACAAACUAAACAGCCGCUGUUUGGUUGCCCCCCCCCCCCCG